AUGCCUCUUCGAGACACUGAUCGCCUCUCUGGCUGUGGUCACCAUGUGACUGCAUCCUCCGUCCAGAACCGUGAUGCGUCUAGAGGCAUCAAGAAUUCUGAGGAUUCAUGUCAUUCGCCUACUCAUGCCUCUCAAGCCAGCGGCAUCUGGAAAAAGAUACAGCGUAUCAAGGACUGUGGAUUUGUUGUUCUAGAUGGAUCCGAACUUGAUGUCGCUUCCGUUAUUGCAGUAGCCAAAUACAACUGCAACGCUUACGUCGCAAAGAGAGACGAUAUAGCAAAUGCUAUGAAUAAAAGCGUGGUGCUGCUCGAAAACUAUCUCGCCAAGGGCUACUUCGUAUACGGUGUCAAUACAGGCUUCGGUGGAAGCGCUGAUACUCGUACAAAGGACCUCCCCGCUCUACAAUCUGCACUGCUGCAACUCACACAGGCUGGGAUCUUAACCGAUGAAGACACGAAUGGCAAUGGGCUCAACAGCAUGCCCGUCACAUGGGUUCGGGCCGCGAUGCUGAUACGCUGUAACACGUUGCUUCGGGGACACUCUGGCGUCCGUCUGGAACUUGUCCAAGCCCUUCUUCUUUUGCUCCGAAAGGGCAUGACACCUAUUGUUCCCCUACGUGGAUCCAUCUCCGCAUCUGGCGACUUGAUUCCCUUAUCAUAUAUCGCCGGUAUGCUCGAGGGCAAUCCCGACAUUCGCGUCCGCACAACGACCUCAUUCGUUCUCUCUGCCGAUAAGGCCCUUGAACUGGCUGGACUCGAACCAAUUGCACUCGGACCCAAGGAGGGUCUCGGACUGGUUAAUGGUACCGCUCCCUCAGCUGCAUUGGGCUGCCUUGCGGUACAUGAGGCAAACAAGAUCUUGCUACUAGCCCAAGGCCUCGUAGCCAUGUCAUGCGAGGCUUUACUCGGAAAGGCAGAGAAUUAUCAUCCUUUCAUUUCCUCUGUUUGCCCUCAUCCCGGACAAGUCGAAUGUUCUGCAACUAUACUACACUUCCUCGAGGGAUCCUCCCUCGUUCAAAGCGUCAAGGAGGAGGACAAGUUCAGGCCCGGCCUUGCACAAGAUAGAUAUGCCUUGCGCGGAGCCCCUCAGUGGUUAGGUCCCCAAAUUGAUGAUAUCUGCUCUGUUCUCUCUCAGAUCACGGUGGAACUCAACUCGACUUCGGAUAACCCCAUCAUCGAUAUCAAUUCCGGCGAGGUCUAUUCCGGAGCCAACUUCAUCUCUAGCUCGGUGGCCAAUGGAAUGGAAAAAACGCGCCUAGCUCUCCAGAUGGUUGGAAAACUUCUCUUCAGCCUCUCCUCCGAACUGAUAAACCCUACCAUGAACAGAGGUCUUCCUCCAAAUCUCGUCGCCGACGAUCCCAGUUUAUCUUUUACCAUGAAGGGCAUUGAUAUCAGCAUGGCUGCUUAUCUGUCGGAGCUGGGAUUUCUCGCCAAUCCUGUUACGCCUCAUGUUCAGUCUGCAGAGAUGCACAACCAGUCCAUCAACUCUCUUGCACUGAUUUCAGGAAGAUAUACUCUUCAAGCUGCUGAUGUUGUCACACAAAUGUGUGCCGCGCAUCUUUUCGCUGUUUGUCAGGCGUUGGACUUGCGAGUUCUACACAUGACGUAUCUCGAAUCGCUCAGAAGCAAGCUGGUCUCUAUAGUGCAGCCGCUCCUCAAUGGAGUCGAAAAUCAGGUCGCGGAAGGGAUCUAUGAGAGCCUCCAAGAGACUAUCACAAAAGCGUGGAAUGCCUCGGCGUGCUUCGAUCUUGAAGAUAGAUGUAAGGCUCUCUCCAAAGAAAUAUCAUUCCGGGGAGAUUUGGAGAGUUUGGCUUAUUUGACCUUCACUCAGACGCGGAGCGAGUUCUUCGUCAAGCCUCCUACAAAGCAAUUCCUCGGCCACGCUUCUCUGACAUUAUACUCAUUUGUAAGAGAAGAAUUGGGCGUUCCUUUCCAUCAAGGGCUGGUUGAGCACCCUGGUAAAGAUACCGGGGGCAAGAUCAAUGGGCGUGAGAAAAGAAGUAUUGGAUCUUGGGUUUCAAUCAUCUAUACCGCCCUGAAUAACGAUCAGGUCUGGGGUCCUUUGGGUCAGGCACUAGGGAGCAAGACGUGCUAG